CUCCCGGUCUUAACUCUGCAGACGGGGCAGGUGGCAGUAGUUGUCAUGGAGAUAACUGCGGGCCUGGCGUCGGCUCCAGGGGUUGUUUCCAUGGAGAUCCCGCCCCGAGGACGAGGUGCACUGGCAGCGGUGGAGGAGGACGAGGACCGCGAGCAGUUUCAGCAUCCCCGCCGCCGCGACCCGACCUCACGCCAGGGAAACUUUUACAUGCUCAUCGUGAUCGGUGAGAUCGCGACAGAGCAUCAGCUGCACGCCGCCAGACAGCACAUAGAGCGCGGUAUCCGAUCCUGGGACAUCAGUGUGUCAGAAUGUGACCUGGACCAGCAACUACAGCUUUUCAUAACCAGACAUUCCGCCCAGUUCUCAGCCGAGGUCAGAGGACAAAGGACUUUGCACCACAAAAGUGAUGUUCUUGAGACGGUUGUAUUAGUAAACCCGUCAGAAGAUACUGUUAUCUCUGAGAUCCAUUGUCUUAUAUCUGACCCAGCUGUGCAUAAACUACUGGUCCUGAGUGGGCAGAGCUCUGACCAAGGUGACCUGGUUCUCCAAACCGGAGUGCUCAGUCAUCAAACCUUCUCACACGUGUUUGCUGAUCCUGGAGUCUGUAAUUUGCUGGUUAAAGCCAGCUCUGGACAGCGGGGAUCACUGACUGUGUCUUGUCGUGGUGAGGCAGGCUGGAACUCUCUGGGACAACAGCAACACAUUAAGGAGUUGCUGAAUUAUCGGCUGAAUCCAGAGCCCAUACUCCCUAAGAUGGAGGGGGUCACUGAGUUUACCGAAUAUAUAUCAGAGACUGUGGAUGUACCAUCCCCAUUUGACCUUCUUGAGCCUCCAACCUCUGGAGGAUUCUUAAAGCUCUCAAAGCCUUGCUGCUACAUCUUUCCUGGUGGACGGGGGGAUUCCGCGCUUUUUGCUGUCAAUGGUUUUAACAUUCUGAUCGACGGUGGCUCUGACAGAAGGUCGUGUUUUUGGAAGCUUGUCAGACAUUUAGAUCGUAUUGAUUCUAUCCUUCUCACCCAUAUUGGUGCUGAUAAUCUUCCUGGGAUCAAUGGACUCCUUCAAAGGAAGGUUGCAGAGCAGGAGGAAGAGCAGUCUCAAGGCUCAACCACCUACAGUGAUUGGAUGAAGAACCUGAUAUCGCCAGAGAUCGGAGUCGUAUUCUUCAAUGUACCUGAGAAGCUUCGCACAUCAGAAUCGAAUUUGAAAGUUAAGCGAAGUAUUGAGGAAGCCUCUCUUACAUUGCAAUACCUCAACAAGAUGGGAAUUAAGUCUGAGCCUCUUUUUCGAGUGGUUAGUAAUACCAUUGAGCCAAUUACACUUUUUCACAAGAUGGGUGUGGGCAGGUUGGACAUGUUUGUCCUGAACCCUGUGAAAGACAGUAAGGAAAUGCAGUUCCUCAUGCAGAAGUGGGCAGGUAACAGCAAGGCCAAGACAGGGAUAGUGCUUCCCAAUGGAAAAGAGGGAGAAAUAUCUGUACCUUAUUUGACAUCUAUUGCUGCUCUCGUCGUAUGGCUUCCUGCCAACCCCUCAGAGAAAAUUGUGAGGGUUUUAUUUCCUGGAAAUGCACCUCAGAACAAAAUCCUUGAAGGGCUUGAAAAGUUGAAGCACCUUGAUUUCUUGCGGUAUCCAGUAGCCACACAAAAAGACAUAAAUUCUGCUGUUUCACCUUCAGCUGUAAAACAAACAAAGUUAAAGCAAAGAACUGACAGCAAAGAAAGUCUGAAAUCAUCUCCCAAGACUCAUGCACCAACUAAGCCAAAGAAAGAAACCGAUGAGCAUGAGGAUGCAUCCAUAGUCGAAACGAAGAGUGACUCUGUCAAAGAGAACAAGAUUGAGAAAAAAGAAGAAAAGAAGCACACCAAGCCAUUGAAACCGAAAACAGAAGUGACAGAAAAGAAAAAGUUAUUGAAGGAGAAAUCACUGAAAAAACACCCAAAGGAAAGGUUGUCCAAAAUGGAUGAAAAAAAAGACAAAGAAAAAAAGGAAGUUAAGAAAGAAAAACGUGAAAUUAAAAAAGAUGAUGGUUUGAAAAAAGAUGAGAAAAAGUUUAAAGCCAAGGACACUUCAAAACCCGAGCUGAGGAAAAUUACUAAACCUGACCUGAAACCUUUCACACCAGAGGUCAGAAAGACCCUCCACAAGGCCAAAACUCAAGGUAAAUCCAAAACAACAAAGAGCAAACCGACAACUGCCAAGGCAGAGAGUGCAGAGAUUGAGGCAGAACCAGUGGCUGAGAAGAUUGAGAAACAGGAGAAUGGGACAGGAGAAGCUAUAUUUUCUCCAUCUACACUUAAAGAUUUAACAAAAGACUUUAAUAAAAUGAGACCUACUGAAGCGACAGAUCACUCUGAAGCCCCUAAAAGUGCCCUUACUGUCUCCAGAUUACCAGGUGAAAGAGACGAUGAAACUUCAAAUACUGCUGAGGAACAAGAUCAUGUUACAGAAACCGAUAUUGUGGAAAAGGAAACUACAGAGAAAGAAGUAGCCCUAUCAGCAGAAAUCGAAGAAGUGCCAUCAGCAGAAGUUAAAGAACAGGAUAAGCCUCAAACAUCAGAAUUAGAGAAAUUUGAGGAUGAGGGUGCUGCAAUUGAAGAUGAAGAUGAGGAUGAGGUUGAGAUAAAGCCUGUUAAGAAGACAGAGGAGGAGGAGGAGGAAGACAUGGGAAUAGGAGAUGAAGAGGAUGAAGAGGGAGCAAAAGAAUCCAAAGACUUGGAGGGAGUGGACAGAAAACAUGAAGUUGAGGAAAUGGAGAAGCAAAAACAAGCUGAGGUGAAAAAGAUUGACGUUGAAGAGGAGCAGCUUGAAGAAGAGGAUGUGAUUGAAAAAGCUGAAUUAGAGGAGGCAGAGGAUUUGGAUGCAAUUGCGGAUGAAGAAAUAAAGGAUCUCUCUGCUGAAAAAAUCAAGGAAGAAGAGGAUGUAUACUUGUCAAAUGUUGGAGGUGUCACAGCUGGCAUUACCUCUACAGCCCAAGGAGCUGCUGCAGCAGAAAACUUAUCAUAUAUUCAGGAUGAAACCAUACCAGGUUACUCUGAGACUGAGCAAACCAUCUCAGAUGAGGAGAUCCACGAAGAAGCAGAGGACAGGAUACCACACCUUCAAUAUGAGGUUGGUAGCUAUGAUGUCUCUGUCCCAGACCAACCAGGCUCCUUUGAUGCCAUACCUGGCAUGAGAGAAAUACAAGCAGCUGCAAUGGGCAAUGGAACAGGCAAAGUAUUGAUGGGUGCACAGGAGCCAGCUAUUUCCAUCUACACCAGCAUACUUGCAGCUCCAUUAGCUGAAGAGGAACAUGUUUCUUCAGCAACAUCUAUAACAGAAUAUGACAAACUGUCUUCUUUACCCACUUCCGUUGCAGAAGAUCAGUCAGUGGCGUCAGUCACAGCACCACAGACUGAAGACACUGGAAAAAGCUCCUUGGUCUUGGACACCGUUCAACCGGUUACUCAGACUGAGGCCACCCAAGAAAAAGAGUACCUACACUCCGCUGGAACCAUCUCACCAACAUCCUCCUUAGAGGAGGACAAGUGCUUUAAAUCAUCUCCCUCUGAUGAAUCUCCCCCACUUCCCUUAGAAGGCAAAACCGAGGGAAUUGAGUUGGCUGCUCAUUACGAUGAUGAAGAGGAGGAUGAAUAUGAAGAUCAAACACCAAAUGUUGACAUUUCACUUGGAAAGUUACAAGAAGGAUAUGCCUCACCUGAUAAACUUGAACACAAGGAGAAAGAAAUGGACAAACCCAAAAGUCUUGUGCCUUUAGUUCCUGAUACUUCAUCUGAUGAAAAAUUCUUACCUCCUGAGAUGGAGAAGGCAUCGGUGUCACCUUCAAGGGAGGAUUCAUCUUUUGAAGUACAAACAAUACUCUCUUUCCCAUCACACAGUGAUUCUAAGCUUCCCGCUUCUGAAGCUAGUGUUUUUCAAGAGGUGGAAGACCGGUGUAUUAGCCCUGAUGACAGCACUGUGAAAAUGGCUACUCCUACACAUUCUGGACCACCUAGUGCAUCUCACUCUCCCUUCAGAAUGUCACCUGUGGAAAGGAACGAUAAAAUGCCCCUUAAAGAGACCCUUCAAGAACAAGGAGUGCCACUUAGCACCACUGAAAUUAAAUUUGAAAAGGAGAGUGGGAAACAAACACCUGACAUAGAUGAGAAAGAAAUACCUCAUGCAGAGGAGGAAGAAAAAAAGAUAAUCCAGGAAGCAACCUCUGCACCAUCUCCACUUGUUGAGGAAUUCUUAGCUAAAAAAGAAAGUAUAUCAAUUCUACCAUCAAAAGAAAUCAGUGAUACAAAGGUAAUGCCUGAUCCAAGCGUUGAAAAGAAGGACGAAGUUCAAAAGGUCUUAAAAGAGAGCAGUAAGGCUGUAAUUCUUGAGAAUAAAGAUACCAAGUUAUCUGAUGAUCGUGACGUUGAAGAAACUUCUGAUUUAAAAUCAUCCACUGACAAAAAAGAGAAAAGAGAGAAGGAGAAAGAAAAGGAUGGUGAGAGAGAUGAUGCUGAAGAGAAGCAUAAGGAGAAACACCAAUUAUUAAAGUAUGCAGAGGCAGAUAAAGGUGAUGUAAUAUCAGAGCCUGAAAAAGCAGCAUUGCCGCCUAAAGAGGAUUUUGAUAAGAAAAAUGCAAAUGAAGAAGAGUUUCAAGAUAAGAGUUCUCCAGCAGUUCUGGAAAGGUCAGAGAUAGAGGAACAGGAGAAACAAGAAAUUCAAUCAGAGAAAGACCAAAUUUCUUCUAACUUGGUAAAAGAAUCCAAAGAGAAAGAUCUGACUGAUGCAACAGGUCAGUUUUUAGAAAGCCCCGACAUCAAAGCAAAAACAACAUCUCAUACAGAGACACAGGACACUGUAGAGACCGAUAUGACAACUAAACCGGAAAAGACCUCUGAGCAGAAAUCAGAGUCACUUGAUAUUAUACCUGAACCUGUGUCUUCAGAGGAAACUGAUUCAUUCAUCUGUAAAGCCAUGGAUGGCGUUAAAUCUCAAAUACAACAGUUAAGUGAAAAAACAGAUGUUGCCUUAAAAGAUGAAGAAAAGGUGGAAAGUAAAAGUGAGGAUGGGCUGACAUAUGAGAAAAAGAUUUCAGCUGCCAAAGAACAUGAAGAAUCUAAGGAUAAAAAUAAAGAGGAAGUCGAAUUUGUUACACAAGAGCAAAUUUCCAUCUCAAAGCCAGAUGUUCAAUCCAUAGAGAUGCAUGCAGAGGUAUCUACUAAAGAUGAACAAGAAUCUAAAGGAAAGUCUGUGCAAGAGUUGGAACCUCAUAUAUUAGGGGCAACCCUAAGUGAGACUGAAAUUACUAGUAAACAAGAUGAAGACUUGAAGGAGAAACUAUUGAAAGAAACUCAAACCACACACCAUUUAGAAAAAGCAGAUGUAUCAUCCAAAAAAGAGCCUCAAAUUUCACAGGACACAGAUGAAGCGCACCAAACUAGCCAAGAUAUGGAAAAAACUGUAGAAGACACUAAAUCCAAAACACAAAUAUCCAUUUCAGACAAAAUGGAUUCCUCCCAGAUAUUACACCAAGAAUCUAAAGAUGAACCAGCAUUGAUCCAAGGUCAAGUCUUGCUGUCUGAAUCUGAUAAAUUAGAUUUGUCUGCUAAAGAUGAACAGGAUUGCAAAAACAAAGAGGUUGUGAAGCUAACUUGCAAAUUGGAUGAAGAACCUACAGAAUGCCAAUCUUAUGAAAAAGCAGAUAAGCUUACCAUCUCAAAAUCUGAUUUUGAUUCUGUAGUGAAGAGCGACUCCCAGUCAAUAAAUGAAUCAGAGAAAGAACUUUUGCAAGCUAAAGAGGAUGAAAUAAGCAAAGGCAUAUUUGUCAAAUCUGAACAACCAGUUGAGUUUGAAGACAUAUCCUCAAAACCACAUGAAACUAAAGAUAAGUAUGUGGAGCAUACUCAACUUCAGAUAUCUACGGAUCAAUCACUAUCUGAUAGUACCAAUAUGGGUGUUAAGAAGGACCAACAGUAUGAAGAAAAACACUCAGAAGAUACUGUAACAGAAGUAUCUCAAACAAGUAGGGUAACAGAUGCACCAUCAGACACAAAACAAAAACUUAAGGCCAUAUCUGUGGGAGAAGAAAAGACAGAACAGAUUACAUCAGAAUCUAUAUCUGUGGUUUCAAAAUCAGAACACGGUACUGUAGACCUUCCCAUUGUAGAUAAAACAAUUGAUUCAAAGGUUAGCAAAGAGUCUGAUGAGCAAUUAAUGAGAGAAGAUGUGUCAAAAUUGGUGUCCGAUGAAUUAGACACAAAAAUUGACUUGGGAGCCAAACAGAAAUCUCUGGAUACAUCUUCAGAACAAAUGUUUAAGACCUCGGAUCUGAGCUGUAAAGAGACACUGGAAUUGAAAGAUGAACCUAAAGAAGAGAUCAAACAUGACACAUCAUUACAUGAAACAGAUACAUUUCUUUCAUCAGACAUUGGAUUCAAAUUGAACUUAGAUUAUAAAGAAAAAUGCAUUGAAGAAACCUCAAUUAUAGACAAAACAAAAGACAUCAAGUCAACCUUUGAAACUACAUUUCCAACCAAAUUUUCAGAUGAAGAUGAAAGUACCGAGGAGGAUGAAGGAGAUGCUGUUUGUAUGGGAGGCGCUGGUUCAAGACCAUUAUCAGUGGAACCAUGGAAUUUAGAGGAACUAAAGGCAAGCAGUUCUGCACAACCACCUGAGACUAGUAUGAAAAAAGAGGAGAUUGUGGCCCAUUUAGAAGAGAAAGAGUUGACUAGAGAUUCAAGUGACACAUCAACUAAACCAGAUAAGGAGUGCAAGGUUGAUGCAACAUCACUUUCACCAACUGGAGAAACUGUCACAGAGACUCUAACUGAGAGCAAACCAACGAGUAUCACACUGCCUAGCUUCGACAAUCAAGGCCGUGUUGAGGAUAGUCCACAUCAAACAUUGAUCUCUGAAAAGGAAGCCACAAAACUUCAGAAGGAGGAUGAGAGGGAAAGGGAAGGAGAACGAGAAGCUGCCUCUCCAGGGUUAGAGUCACAUUCUGCUUUUCAAAAGACUGACAGUGCUGAUGAGAAAUGUGCUGAAAAGGCUGAUAGUGAAAGAAUACAAUCUGCUGACAAGAUGAUGUAUGAAGUGGAAAAAGAAAGCUAUGAAGCUUCUAAAUAUGAGCCUUAUGAAAAGCCCAUUUCAAAAGACACUGAGAGAGAAAGAGAGGAAGAGGACCAGUACCCUAGUUUGGAUAGAGAUUUAGAUGGCAAUAGAAAAAGUCAGGCCUCGUUGCUUGGAGCUACUUGUUCAGAAGAGGAACAAAGUGAUGAUGAGCCAGUGUCUUUUAGCAAGGUUGAUUACCAGACUUCAAGUAUUCACAGCAGCCACAGUGCUUACUCAGAGCAAGACAAUAAGGAGCGAUACCAAGAGGAAGAAUUGGUUAGAGAAGAGAGACCAGAGAGACUAGAUCUUUUUGUUGACAAUAGUUUUAAAUAUGACAGCAAAACCAUUUCGGUAGCAGGUUCAAGCUCUUUUGCCUCUAGUGAUUUGCAAGACAAAUCAGAGAAAUUGGAGAGAGAAGAAAAGGAGAAGGAAAAAGAGGUCACACCUUUUCCUCAAGGAAAAGAUGAUGAGAGUCAUGUUCAAUUGUUGGAUAAAGAACCAUGUACAUCUGCUUCCUGUCUUUCAAAAUCUGAUACGCAAGAGAAAGACCAUAAAACAGAGGAAAUAUUGGAAACGUCUCAUUCAGAGGACUUGGACAAGACCAAAACCCACGUGACUGAAGCUUCCCCUCAACAAGGCCCUCUCACAUCAUCAGAACAUCAAAGUCUUCAGAGUCGAACAACUUCAUCAACAUCUGCCUACGAUGAGAACAAAAUGGAGAGUCCAAUAUCAAGUCAUGGUAACAAAGAUAAAAACAAACUGGAUUCAGCUGAAAGCAAAGAUGACACAUUUUCUUCUGGUCGGUACUCACCACCUGAAAAGGACAUGCUUCCUGCCAGGUUAUCGGCUGAAGAUCCUAGUACCGCCACUCCUGGUUCUUCAGGGCAGUCUAUGAAAGUUGAUGACAAUGUUCUUGCAGUUGAGUGCACUGGCAAAACAGAUUCUCUUUCCAGCAAGACACUGAUUGUGAGUGAAGAGACAGAGGAAUGCUUGGUCAGAAGCCAAAAAAUAUUUGCAGAAGAAGAGGAUGACUAUGAGGAUGAGGAAGAGGAUGAGGAAAAUGCAAGUGACUUGGAUGUUGAAAAGGGUGCCAGAGAGAUGUCUGAGAAAGAGUCUAAAGCAGCAUUUGAUACCGCGACUACAUCUAAACCACUCGAAACAAAACAAGAAGACACUACUGGUUCCUUAGCUUUUGGAGCAACUGCAAAAGUUCUACAGACAGACAUGGUUGGUGACUCAUACACAGAAAAAAUAUCCCCCACAGCAAAGCCAUCAUCAGCACAUGGAGAGCCUCAUGAUGCAAUCAACAAGGAGCAUGAAGAGUCCAAGAAAGAAGACACUUGUUCAUUCCUAUCUGACAUACCCAAAUCCAGCGAUGACAAACAUGAACCACAGAAAACUUCUGAUAAAAAGUGUGAAGUGUCUGAAUCCAUAGCUGUUGCUCAAGCAACCAUGUCUGAAACAACUUGCUCAUCAUCUUCAUCCUUUAGUUACUCUUCUUCAACCUCUGCCUCAUAUUCAACUGGUCAACACCUUGGAGAAGGGCUAGAACCACAGAUUACUUUCCCUAGUGUCCAACUAAGGUCUGAUGGAGACAGUAUAUCAUUUGAGUACUCAUCCCUAAGAGAGGAAGAGUCACCUGUUAUGGAUUUGCCUUGUUUAAAAAAAGAUGAAUAUAUGGAAGUCUCAGAUCGAAUGACACCUGCUACAACAACAGCUGAGUCAAUAUCCAGUCUUGCCAGGUUUUCUCCUCUAAGUCCCCUGGAAGAAUCUAAAUCGUUUCUUCAAGAUCAAACAUCAUCUGCAGAGGAAAAGUCAGAGGAGGAUAUGUCUAGCAUUAAAUCUGACAGGGAUCUAGUCUCUGAUCCUAAACAUGUAGCAGAAACGCAUUCUUCAAAACUGCCAGAAUCAGCAACUUCUGAGCAUGCAACUCACCCAACUGAGUUGGCAUCUUCCACAUCCCUCAAGUUUGACAUUGUACCUCUGGCAAAGGCUGACUCUGCAGAAAAACACUCACAAGAAAAAUCCUCUGAAGAUGAGCCUGAAGAUAACGAAAGUAAUUUUGAGGAAGGAACCUUGCCAUGCAGAAUUGAGUGUGAGAGAUCUUCAGCUACUGAAAAAUUAAGCACAGCGUCUUUACCAGAGCAACAUACUAACGUAAAACCCUCAACCACAACAUUACAUUCAUUUGAUCUGCACACAACAGAUGGACCAACAGAAAUUACAAGUUCUCAGAAGGUGCCAGUCACAGCUUGUGGGACUCUCAGUACUAGCACAUUAAGUGAACAAUAUAUGAAGCAGGAAGGGGCAGAGAAGUCUGAUGAAAUUAAAGACUUGGCUGAGAAAGUACAGGAGAGGGUUGAAAUUAAAGAAGCAAAAGUGAGCAAGAUGGAAUAUGAGGAGAAGAGUAAGACAGAUGAGAAAGAAGACGUAAAGCAUAAAACAAUGGAGAAAGAACAGAUACAUUCUGAAAAGGAGGUUGGAGUGAGGUCAGAAAAGGUGGGAGAGAUCCUAGAUUGUGGCAAGAAGUCAGAGCAAAAGAGCGAAAGUGAAGGGACACCUGAAGAGUCAAAAGUAAAGAAAGAGGUAGAACAAACGGAAAUGUUUGUAGAAAAGGAAUGUAAGGGGAAAAAUGAAGGGAAUGAAGAGCUAACAGUAGAAAAAAUGAUGGAAAAAGACAGCAAAAAAACAAAUACAGUUGAGUCUAGCCAGCAUACUACCCUUGCGUCCACAAUGCAACAUGAAGAUGUUGUAUGUCUAAAGGCUCCACCUGGCUAUGGGGAAGAUGUUCAUGAAGGUAUAGAGGAGGAAGAACGGGCUGAAGAGGAGAAAGUAAAGUAUGAUUCAAAAGAACAUCCACCAACUCCACCAUCAGGAGCACAGGCUUGUUACCCUGAGGUCUCCAAGAAGUCAGAUGAAGGAUUCACUCGACCCACUGAUCUCGCAAUGGAGACCACAUCCUCCCAUUCACCUUCGCUUUUCAAACACCGUAAAGGAGAUAUCUCGCCAUCCUUUAUUAAUCCAAGCCCACAGGGGUUAUCAAGUGAGGAGGAAGAGGAAGAUGUCAGAAGUGAUCAUUCAAGAGAUGAUGAGCGUGAGCAGCACUCUGUCAAAAGGAGAUCCCACAAGCAGCAGCAUUGUCGUCCCCACAGUCGCCAUGAGGAAAGCAAGGAGGGAUCGCAGAGCAUCCCGAGCAGCACGGCGACAGGGCACGGCAUUAUGCUAGCAGGGGAGGAAACUCCUCCUACAUCUUUGAGCGAGUCACUCCCAUCUCAGUCUGACUCAGAUGUUCCUCCAGAGACUGAAGAAUGUCCAUCAAUUACGGCAGAAGGAAACCUAGACUCUGAUGAAGAUGCAGAACAUCUACCAGUGGACAAAACGUCUGCAGCUGGUAGCAGCGGAGGAAGCCAUCAUUCCUCCUCUCCGAGGAGUCAUGAUCCCCCUCCCAUGCCAGUGAAAGACCCUCUUCCUCACCCACCACACCCUGAUGUGUGCAUGGUGGACCCAGAGGCCCUUCUUAAUGGCCAGACCCACACAGAACGACCAGUGAAGAAAGACCUUAAAACAAAUAGAGGCUUGAGGAAGACACUGGGAAAAUCUGCAUCGCCGUCACGUAAAGGAGAUACAAAAGGCAGGAGAUCUACUACCCCUGUGAAGCAGACAUCCAAAGACUCCUCCCCUCAUGCUCUUAAAAGAAAAGAUUCAGAGAAGACUCUUCGCUUGUCCAAAAUGUCUGAGACACAGGGAUCCAGGGGAGACAUAUACAAUCCAGGAAGAGGAUUGGUUAAUGGUGUUAAGAGUAAUGCAGGCUCUAACCUGAAAUCCGGCACUGGGACUCCACCUGGACCAUCCAUCUAUGUCGACCUAGCUUACAUUCCCAACCACUGCAGUGCUAAAAAUGUUGAUCAAGAGUUCUUCAAGCGAGUGCGAGCAGCAUACUACGUCGUCAGUGGAAAUGAUCCAGGCAGUGGUGAACCCAGUCGUGCAGUUUUAGAUGCACUCCUAGAAGGGAAAGCGCAAUGGGGCACUAAUCUCCAGGUCACUUUAAUCCCUACACAUGACACAGAGGUAACUCGGGACUGGUAUCAGCAGACCCAUGAGAAACAGCAGGACCUGAAUAUAAUGGUCUUGGCCAGCAGCAGCACAGUGGUCAUGCAAGAUGAAUCUUUCCCUGCCUGCAAAAUAGAAUUUUGAAUUGUUUUUUUCUUUUUAAAGCUUGCCAUUCAUUCCUCAUUCAUUUUUAAUCUUUUAGGUUUAGAUGAGUUACUCCACCCACAGCCUUCCGUCCGCUAAUAUUUAUAGUUGAUAUUCUAAUCCUUAAAAUGCAACAAAAUCCUAGUGCUGUCAAAGGACUUUAAUGUAAGCUUUGGUCCUGAAUCUAUUGUACAUUUUUGAUUGCUUCUGCGAGGCUUUGGCAGAAAACGGAAUGUUCACUAGCUAGCUGCUAUGAAAUAGUAAUAUAAUGUUCAACGUAGGCUGAAGUUACAUUGCAAAUUGAGUUUACUUAUAUUCUUUAACAUAACUUAAAGAGACCAAGAUUUUGUCCUGCCUGAAAUUUGAAUUUCGAAGCACAAAAAAUGCCCUCUGUAAGUUGGUUAAUGCACCAUCUGAUUCAUGUUCCGCAUCUUAGCUACAUAUAGACACAGUUGCCUGGGAAAAAUACUCUAAACAUAAGGUCACAUGGCCUUAGAGCAAAUACCUUCAAGAACAGACUCAAAACAGUUCUGUCUUGUGAGCUACUAUUACAAUGAGCCAAGACACAGACUCUCCAUGAGAUCACAUACCAGCAUAUAGAGUGAAGAAAGAAAUAACUGUACUCUAAAUUGCUAAUCCAAAGAGGUUUUGUGCCAAAUCUCAGUUCUUUCAAAUGGUGAUUUAAAAAAAAAAAAAUCAACAAUAAUCCAAGAUUCAUGUCCUUUAGUUGACAAGAGAUGGAUCAUUAUUUACUCAAACAUGCAAUCCAAAAUAGUUUUAUCUCAAUAGUGUGAUAGUAGUGAAGACUGUACAUGCUUUUAAGAGUAACGCAAAGUAGAUGGCAUCUUUACAAACUACCAAUUCACUAAUAUGACAGAACUUGGUUGAAUAGGCUCUGAUAUGAAAAUAUGACUGGUUAUAGAAGGUUAUAGAAUAACAGUUGUGUUUAUUUGGCAUUUACCUUCCUAAAGCAUGAUGCUCUUCAGACUAAACUUUGUAGGUAUAUUAAUCAAGGGAUCCAUUCAGGGGUUCUGUUGGCUCCACCUUUCUCUUCAAAAACUGACUAAUAACGAGCAUCCCAUCUGUCCAUUAUUUGAGUAGACCACCAUUAGAGUCAGAUAGAAAUUGUAUUUUAUUUUCAGUUACAUGAUGGUCUCUUGCUUGAGUGAUUUUGUUAUGAUAAUUUUAUAUAGAAUCAUCAAAGUAUGAUUGAAAUUUAAAUGGGGCCACUUUAGGAUCAACUUAAUCUGUUUUAUAUUUUAAUGUGGAGGAUCCAGACUUGUAACUUGCUGAAUGUUUUGUUUGUGUUUGGCUGUUAUACAGUACUUGACCAGAUUUUUUUUCCCCCCAUGCUGAGAUUCCCUUACCGACAUGCACUUUAGGUUUAACUGGUUUAAAUGGAAACUGGCGGUGGAAAUGAAACUAUACAUCAAAAUGUAGCAAUAGAGACAUUUGUUGUAGAGAGACUAAUAAAUAGAAUUAGAUAGAUUUCAUGGUUGUUGUGAGAGCAGACAGUGAGGGUAACCCUCGUGUGCCUUUUGCGUGUUGUUUGACGAAGAAAAUGCGAAGUCAUUACACAGACGUUUGGUUUAUAUAAACACAAUACUCCUGUGUAUUGUAUUAUCUGGAAUUAGAAAUUCUUUAUAGCCUUACUUCAAGUUUACGCUAAUAUAGUUAUUACAGUUUUGAUUUAAUGACAAGUUGAGUAUUAUAAGAGCAGCAGGUGUUUAUAAUGAUAACAUUGCUGCACCAAGUACGAUUGCACUUUUCUAAAAUGAAGUAAGUUUGGUAGACAGGCAUCAUGUAAAUAAUUAAGUAAUAUUAAUUUAUUUGAAAAAGCUAAUUUUGUCUGACUAAGCCGGUUUUCCACCGUCAAGCUGAACGGUUCUGAGAACAGUAGGAAACAGUUCCACUUGAGCUUGGUUCAGCACAGCAUGAUUACAAACCGUUCUCAGCAAGGUUGGUGCUACGUGCGUGUAAUGAUGUGGCCACUCGGGAUUGGCCACUCUUGGAUUGUAUUACAUUCCAAAGAGCUGUUAUCAGCCCCACAGUGGAAAAUAAAACCAUAUCCGUACCGGUAGGGGUGGAUUGGCACGGAAUGAACGGUUAAGCAACGAGAACGGUUUAACCUGACAGUGGAAACGUGGAUAGACUAUAUUAAACUGUAUGAAGGUGAGUUAUUGAAAACAGAGCUAGUUUUAAUAAAUUCAUUGGUGUUUUUAUGGAGCUUAUCUCUUUUAAUGAUGGCAAAAUAGUCAUUCAAACUAACCUGAAAUCACACCAUUUACAAAAAAGGCAGGAAGAAUGUAUUAGCAGUCUAUCAUUGGCUUACUCAUUUGAAACUGAAAAAAGUCCUAGGUAAAUGGCCUCAUUGGUAAAUGCACGAUUGUUUUGUCCUUGAAAAUAGCCUUGCUUUCAAGGCAGCAGUGCCCUCAUCUACCAUUUUCCAAAGCAAGCUCUGAAACACUGAAUCCCUUACCUUAAUCCAGUAUAUUUACAAUGAGUGGAUCUGAUUUUAUUCUGUCUAGAUGUUUUUCUUUUUUUUUAAUUUAAAAGUCAGUAUUUAGCAUUGCAGUGGACUUCAUAUUGUGUUAUUUGAAUAUAGAUUUAGUUUACUCAGAAAAGUUGUCAAAGUGACAGGGCCUUAGUGUACUUUUACUAACAGAACGCACAGUGGUGGUCAAAUAACUGACUCCUAGGGCCUCUAAAAGACAGUAGCCUUGAAAAUUAAACUAGUUUAUUGGUUUAAUAUAUACAGUCUAGUACUUAAUCCCACUGGUCUGCACAAAUGAAACCCACACUGAGACCAAAAUCUUUUCUUUUUUUUCCUCUUUUGCUUGAAGGAUUAUGUUAAAAUAGGCUGAAUAUGUACUGUACUGUACGGUCUGGAUAUAUUUUCAUAUUUGAAAAUGUUUUAUUUCAAAUAACUGGCCUUAGUAACAAGUACUAUAUGGUCUUGUUGAUUAGCUGUGAUUUCUUUACACAAAAAUAGUUUUGUGUUAAAGAUGAAUGCACUAACUUUAAAUAAUAUUUUUGAAUGUAAAAAUUGCUUUGCUGGAUGCUUCUUGAACAAAACAAAGAACUAGCAAAAUAUGCACAUGGAACAGUGACCUCAGAAAAUGGAUCACCGAAGGAAUCGUGGUUAGAAUGGUGAAUGACUCAUGACAAAAUAUUACAUGUUCAGCUAUUGCUGAUUUUAAUACAAUUACAGAACUCUCUUAAAAAUAAGAUUCAACAACUUUGGUUUGCAGAGGGCUACCAACUACACACUGAAAACUGAAUACACUACAGACGUAAGGUUUCCUCCUUUACAAUGACUUGAAAUGCCAAAAUAGUAAUCAAAACAAAUGGCAUAACCUGAACCUGUACAUAUAAUUCAAUAUAGCUGACGUGGUCAUUUAUGUGAAACGCUUUCUUUUUAGGAAGUUCUAUGGUUAUUGUAAUUCUAAUUUCCUAAAGGUAAAAAAAGACUGCAAAGUUAAAGUACCUCUACAAAUCUCUAUUAGUUCAAUAUCAUUCCGCUUCAUCAUGUGAUGGAUUCAUUUGGCCAUAUGUCAUGCAUAACACAUCCAUCUUUGCAUGUGACCUUAUUAGUUAUACUCCUGAAUGUAAUCGUUUAAUGAUCAGAAUUAAAACAAAACUAUUUUAAGAAGAUAUAUUUGAAGCUAAUUGUCUUUAUGGUACUGAAAUAUGCAUAUAUUAAUGGGCUUGGCUUCUGUUUACCCUAAGAUGUUGUUGAGAAGAUGCUGUGAUAUUUCCUCGUUCUUUGGCGCUAUAUGAAUCUUAGUUCUCUUCUUCUUUAGUGCAAUAUUCAACAUUUUGUCUUUAAAAUCUCAACGCAAAAGUAGAUUUCCGCUGAUUUGCUGUAAAGGGAACCAUCCUGGUGAUCAUCAAUAAAAAAAACAAACAUUUGGAAAAGUC